GUAGAACAAAUUAUUUGUCGUGACGCUGUGAUGAAGAGUAAACAAAACCAAAGUUCAGUUGCUCUGAUGAAACAUACAAAAGGAAGAGUCUCCUCUGUGAAGCCUCUGCUUCACUGUCUAUGGCUGACGACUUGCAACUCCAGUAAGAUGAAGUUCAUGAUGCGUGCGGCCCUGGGUGUCUGGAUCCUAUCAGCUGUGCUUUGUGUGGAGACGGCAGAGGAGCAGGACACUGCGGGCAACAGCACUGCCCAGAAGACUGCGCUGGUGUUUUCAUCAAACAAAGAGUUAGGCUUCAAUCUGUACAGAAAGAUGGCGUCUCACGCCGAUUUCCAAGGGAAGAACAUCUUCUUCUCGCCAGUCAGUGUCUCUGUGGCUUUGGCUGCUUUGUGCGUAGGAGCAGGGGGGGAGACGCACAAGCAGCUCUUCAGUGGUCUGGGCUUCAACAGCUCCCUGCUGACGCAGACAGAUGUGGAUCACGCCUUCCGUGUCCUCCUCUCCAAGUCCAAUGAAGACUCCAGUGAAGGCACUGCUGUGUUUGUGGACAGCCGCUUCAAACCACAGCCCGAGUUCCUGGACACCUUAAAGAAUUCCUAUUUUGGAGAUGGCUUCAAUGUGGACUUCACCAAACCCACAGACAGCAUCAACACCAUCAACAGCUACGUAGCGGAGAAGACGAAAGGGAAGAUAGACAAGCUGGUGGAAAACCUGGAUGCAAACACCAUCAUGUACCUCCUCAGUUACAUCUACUACAAAGGAAAGUGGGCGACUCCAUUUGAUCCUGAGUUAACCAGAAAGGACGAGUUCAUUGUGGAUGAGAACACCAAGGUUCCAGUUCAGAUGAUGUAUAUGAAGAAACAUGUGGACGUCUAUUAUGACCAGGGCCUUAACACAUCAGUCCUCCACCUCUCCUUCAACAGCUCCAAAUCCAUAGUGCUGUUGCUGCCUGAAAACAUGGCAACACUGGAGAACGCCAUCUCCCCAGGACAUUUUACCAAGUGGCUCAAGUGGAUGAAAUCUAGGAGGUAUGAGAUAUAUGUUCCAAAGUUCUCAAUCAAGACUUCCUACAAGCUGAACAAUAUAUUGACUGAAAUGGGAAUGACCGACAUGUUUACUGAUAGAGCAGAUCUAAGUGGAAUAGCACCAGGACAAAAACUGGUUGUCUCUGAGGUUGUGCACCAAGCUACUCUGGAUCUGGAUGAAUCUGGAGCCACCGCUUCAGGUGCCACAGGCAUCGGCAUCACCCUCUUGUCCUUUCAACAUACGCCUGUGUUAAAGUUCAAUAAGGCCUUUAUGCUCGCCAUCUUAGAUCGCAACACACAAAACAUACUGUUCACAGGCAAGAUCAUCAACCCAAACAUAUGAUGGUAGCAACCUGUGUCUUAUCCGAAGCACAACAUCACAAGAAAUACAAUAAAGAAAAUGUAUUUGUUCA